ACGAUGAAAAUAAAAACGAAAUGCAUGAUCUUCGAGUUGGUUACGACAAUUUACAAACGACGAAAAUCAUUUCUCGCAGAAACAGCUUCAUGGCCACCUGAAAAACAUUCCUUUCAAAUUUCAGAUUUCAUUUUCCCGGAAAAGGACACACGGUGAACGAACCAGAAGGUGAUAAUGUCUUCGCAUGAUCAUGUUCCCCAAAGACUUGAGGGGAAGUAUGCUGCAAUACUAGUGUGUUGGCUUCUUGGAAACGGCUGCCUCUUUCCAUGGAACAGUAUGCUUACGAUAGUAGAUUAUUAUGGUUACUUGUUCCCGCAUUAUCACCCUGCAAGAGUCCUUACUCUUGUUUACCAGCCAUUUGCGCUGGGAACACUCACAAUACUGGCAUACAAUGAGGCAAAACUAAACACUAGAAAAAGAAAUCUCUUUGGAUAUAUGCUGUUUUUCUUAAGCUGCCUUGCCUUGUUAGUUUUGGAUUUAGCUACAUCUGGGAAAGGAGGACUUGGAACUUUCAUUGGAAUUUGUGUUAUUAGUGGAGCUUUUGGGGUUGCAGAUGCUCAUGUCCAGGGUGGGAUGAUUGGAGACCUUUCCUACAUGACGCCUGAAUUCAUUCAAUCUUUUGUUGCUGGUUUAGCUGCAUCAGGGGCCCUGACCUCUGCUUUAAGGUUAAUCACAAAAGCAGCAUUUGAGAAUUCAAAGGAUGGUCUUCGCAAAGGAGCAAUUCUGUUCUUUGCCAUAUCUGCAUUUUUUGUGCUUCUUUGCCUUCUUCUCUAUGCAUAUGUGUUUCCAAAACUUCCCAUUGUGAAGUUCUACCGUUCAAAGGCAGCUUCUGAAGGAUCAAAAACAGUUUCUGCGGACCUUGCUGCCGGUGGUAUCCAAACAAUGUCCCAAAAAGCUGAGAUGGAACCAAAACAACAUGAAAGGCUGAGCAACAAACAGUUAUUGCUUCAGAAUAUUGAUUAUGCAGUUGAUAUGUUUCUGACAUAUGUCCUAACAUUGUCCAUUUUCCCUGGAUUCUUGUCUGAAGAUACUGGGAAACACAGUUUGGGUACAUGGUACGCACUUGUUCUAAUAGCAAUGUUUAAUGUCUGGGAUCUUAUUGGGAGAUACAUUCCGCUGGUGAAAUUCUUGAAAUUGGAAUCUCGAAGAGGUCUCACCAUUGCAAUUCUUUGUCGAUUCUUGUUGAUCCCAGCAUUCUAUUUCACAGCAAAAUAUGGUGACCAAGGCUGGAUGAUCAUGUUAACAUCUUUAUUAGGCUUAACUAAUGGUUACUUCACUGUCUGUGUGCUUACUUCUGCACCAAAAGGCUACAAGGGACCGGAGCAAAAUGCCUUAGGAAACUUGCUGGUGCUGUUUCUUCAAUUAGGUCUCUUUUCAGGUGUUACUCUUGAUUGGUUAUGGCUUAUAGGGAAGGGAUGGUAAGCCUCAGUUCUAUCUCGUUUUAAGCAAGUAUUUUCUAUUCUAGUUUGACAGAAAAGAGCAGAUUUCUAAUGUUUAGAAUGGUGAUUUUGAAUGGAUGCUAAAACAUAAUGUCUGUCAUAUGUUAUCCAUCAGAUUAGGAGGAAAACUAAGCCAAUGUUGAUUACACUAUUCAGUGUUUUCAUUGCACAGCUCUGUACAGCUUGCUGCAAAGUGGUUUGAUUUAAAACUUUUAAAACUCUUUUAUCAAAUAAGUGCUUGGCAACACC